UGUAUACGUAAUUAAGGAUUGAACUUCAAUAUAAUCAAAUAAAAUCUGUGAACGCUUUUCGAUCAAUUAAGCUGCGCUGGAUCCGAUGGCGGCAGUGGACGUGGAGUAUGUGAAGGAUAUAGAGAAGGCGAGAAGGGACCUUCGAGCUCUUAUCUACUCCAACACUUGUGCUCCCCUUAUGCUUCGUUUGGCGUGGCAUGACGCAGGGACGUAUGAUGCCAAAACAAAGACAGGAGGCCCUAAUGGAUCCAUUAGAAACGAAACUGAAUACAAGCAUAGUGCAAACGCUGGAUUGAAAACUGCCAUUGAUCUUUGCGAAUCAGUAAAAACCAGGCAUCCAAAAAUUACAUAUGCCGACCUCUUUCAGCUUGCAGGGAUUGUAGCUGUAGAGAUCACGGGAGGUCCCUCCAUCGAUUUUGUUCCGGGUAGAAAGGACUCAUUGGAAUCUCCCGAAGAAGGGCGCCUCCCUGAUGCCAAACAAGGUCAAUCUCACCUGAGAGAUGUGUUCUAUAGGAUGGGCUUAUCGGACAAGGACAUUGUUGCAUUGUCUGGAGGACAUACAUUGGGAAAAGCACACCGUGAGCGGUCAAGCUUUGAUGGCGCAUGGACAGAUAAUCCUUGGAAAUUCGACAAUUCUUACUUUGUGGAGCUUCUUAAAAGGGGAGACUCAUCACAGGGAGGCCGCCUAUUGAAACUGCACACCGAUAAAGCUCUCGUACAAGACCCUAAGUUUUGCAAUUUUGUGAAACUCUAUGCAAAUGACGAAGAUGUAUUUUUUAAUGACUAUGCGGAGUCUCACAAAAAGUUGUCGGAGCUGGGCUUCACCGCCCCACCACCGGCCCUUAAAUCUUCUAAAAAAGUAUUACUCCGAAAUGGUAAGACGAACAAAAGAAGAGUGGCAGGGAGAGUUGUUUUUUCUAUUGCAGUUGCAGUUGUGAUCCUAAGUUACAUAUACCAGCUGGCUAUGUAUCAAUGGAAAGCUCGACGCCAGUAGAUCAGAUAUUAAUUAAUUCAAGACAAUAAAUAUCCCAUAUACGUAUAAGUAGUGAUCGAUCAUAGAGUUGUCAAAAUCCAUUCCUAUAUAUAUGUUCGGUAUAAAUACAUUUAUAUAUAUAUGGUACGUGUAAAUACACGUACACUAUAUAUUGUGGUGUGUAUGUCAAUGCAAACUAUUUAUGUUUGGUGUAAAUGAUAUUAAGAGAUCAUAUAAAUAUAUAUGACUUGAAUAAUGUGUAAAAUAUUUUAUUGUUUAAUGUUUAUUGAUAUAAAUGUUACUCCUUAUAUAUUAUGUGUAAAAAUAUGAC